AUGAUCGAUGUAGCAUCCAUUGCUUACAACAUCGCAAGUUUCAUCUGCGCACUCUUCGUCCUCGAAUAUGGCGCCGAUAAAUUCAUCGACCACACCGCCAUCGUCGCCGAGCGGACAGGCGUCCCAGAAGCAAUAAUCGCGCUUCUCACAGCUGGAGCGGAAUGGGAAGAGCUAGUUGUGGUAGUCGUCUGCAUCUUGCGCCAUCGCUCUUCUCUCGCUGUUGGAAACAUUGUCGGCUCUGGUAUUUCGAAUAUCUUGGGCGCAUUUUCGCUUGGUCUUGUGGCGAGCGGAAGAGAUGAGGUGGUCUUUGACGAGAGUGCGAAGGUGUAUGCUGCUAUGCUACUUUUGGUCACUUGCAUAUUUACCGGAAUGAACUUCGUAGGCUCUGCUACCUUGACAAGGACUUUUGGGGUUGUGUUGAUUGCUGUCUUUGCUUUUUACAUGGCGUCUGUCGCGUACUUGAUCUUGAAAGGACGCUUGACGGCUCCUGAGUCAGACAGCGACAGUGACAGUGAUAGCGACACUGAGGAUGGAGUCGACGUGGAGAGCGUUCGAUCGAGUAUCGUUGGAGCAGACGCAGAAACUCCGCUUUUGGCAACACAACGUACGUCUGGUCUUCGACACAAAUACGGCAUCACAUAUCAUGUCACCUUUCUUUUGCUUGGCUUCCUCGCGAUUGUUCUAAGUGGCUUCGUCCUCUCGACCGCCGCUUCUUCAGUUGCCGACCAGAGUGGCACCUCAGAUGUUUUUUUGGGAGUCGUCGUCCUGUCCAUCGCGACAACGCUACCAGAAAAAUUCGUCGCUGUGGUCAGUGGACGGCGAAACAGGACAGGCAUUCUGGUCGCCAACACUGUCGGGAGCAACAUCUUUCUGCUGAGCUUGUGCAUGGGCAUUCUAUGGGUCAGUACAGCUGGCACGUUUGACAAGGGCACUGUCAAUGUUAUCGAGAUGGGUGUGCUCUUGGGUUCCACAUUGUUCAUGACGCUUAUUGUUUGGUUUGGUGCUCGGUGGAGUCGGCUUGCGGGCAUGAUCAUGCUUGUGGGAUAUGUUGCGUUCUUGGUGCUUGAGUUCACGGUCAUUCAUCAUGGAGAUAGUAGCUGA